AUGAUGGAAGAGGGCAGCGACUACUAUGUCGUCAGGAAAGGUGAUGUGGUGGCAGUUUACAAGACUCUAAGUGACUGCCAGGCUCAGAUUUGCUCUUCGGUAUCUGGUCCUGCUGCAAGUGCCUACAAGGGUCACUCUUGGAGCAGAGGAAAGGAGGAAUACCUGUCUUCACGGGGGCUAAGUGAUGCUACUUACGUAAUCAAUGCAGCCGAACUUAGGGAAGAUGUACUUGGUCCCCUUGUGCCCUGUAGUUUCCAGGACAUACUUGGUUCUAGUCCAAAUCAACUGGCUCCAAAUCAUAUAGGCUUCCAUAAUGUUAUAGCAUCUCAGACUGGGGCACAAUAUGUUGAUCUGAACUAUGAAGCCAGAUCUAGUUCCUUCGGGCAUAAGUCACCAGCAAAUUUCAAUCAUACUGGAGCUGUUGAUGCACAACCUAUCUCAAAACAAUACAUGGUGGGUAUUCUUCAUUUUGAUGGUGCUUCAAAAGGGAACCCAGGAAAAGCAGGUGCUGGAGCUGUGCUUAUGACUGAAGAUGGUAGAGUGAUAUCUCGGCUUCGUGAGGGUCUUGGUGUCGCUACUAAUAAUGUUGCUGAGUAUCGGGGCCUGAUCUUAGGACUGAAAUAUGCGAUUCGGCAUGGAUUCAAGAGAAUUAAAGUACAUGGGGACUCUCAACUUGUCUGCAAUCAGGUGAAUGGUGUCUGGCAAGUGAAGCAGCCGAACAUGAUCGAGCUGUGCAAAGAAGCGAGAAGGCUAAAGGAAAACUUUCAUUCCUUUGAGAUCAUCCAUGUUCGACGGGAGUGGAAUGCUGAGGCGGAUCGCCAGGCGAACAUCGGUAUCACGCUUGCAAGUGGCGCCGUGUCUGAGGAGCGUGGUGACAUCUGA